GUGUGUGUGUGUGUGUGUGUGUGUGUGUGUGUGUGUGUGUGUGUGUGUGUGUGUGUGUGUGUGAGUUUGGUUGCGUGCAUGAGUAUAUUCGAUUGUGUAAUCAUUAUUGAUUUAUGCCAUGCACUCAUGCCAUUCAUGCAAGCAGGAGGAAGGUUUAUCUGCUGAUCUGCUGGUCAGCUGAGGCUUGCAUGACUUGCAGGGUAGGCAUCUAUGUAGACAGUGUUCUGCCAGAACUCAUGUGAUGCUCUAUUACCUGAGAGGGGACACUCUUGAAGCAAGGGGCAAUUAUCUGUAGCGGGCUUCUGUAAUGUUAUGGUGUUAAUGGUUGUAUUAUAUUGUCCAGCAUUGUUGGAUUUGUCCAGCAUGGCAAAUAGGAGCAUCAUAAAGGGAAGUGAAAAGAAGAGCGAAGAGAACCACAUGGUUGUCACAAUAUACCAAUUGACUGAAUCAAUAACAAAUCAUCUGAAAAUGUUUCAGAACCCCCUCCUCAUCUGUUAUUACUAAGUGUGACUGGGCCCAUGAUAAUACUUUAUAAGAAGUCUGUAUAGGGGCAGAAUGUUAAAAUAUCCUCUUUACUUUGGACUUGUUUGUUGUUUUUUGUAUACAUCUUACAUCCCGGCUGGUUGUCACAGUAAUAAUCUGAAUCAGGAUAAUCUGUUGUUAUGGUGAAGUAUGUCCCCAUGCCAGCUCUGGGGAGGUAUCUCUUUGAGGUUUCCUCCACAGCAGACUUUUAUCAGACAUCCUCCUGGGCUCUGUCUGAGCUUGUAUAGCCCAGCAGCAUAAGCAGUAGAUAGAUGUCCAUCUUUGCUUACCUUGAUCAUAGAGGAUAAGCCAUAGCAAACAUAUUUAUAUGUGUUGAUUUUGUGCUUGUGGGCGUGGGUGUGGGUGUGCGUGUGCAUGUGCUUGCGUGUGCUUGCGUGUGUGUGUGUGUGUGUGUGUGUGUGUGUGUGUGUGUGUGUGUGUGUGUGUGUGUGUGUGUGUGUGUGUGUGUGUGUGUGUGUGUGUGUGUGCGCGUGUAGGUAUGUGUUUGUUUGUGUGUGUUGUAGAUGGGGCGGGAAUGGUGUAAUCUGUGAACACCUGAGAUUACUCAAAAUGGGAGUUGUAAACUUCUCUUCAAAAGGUUCCAAAACAAGUCUCUAAUCCCUGUUUGACCCGCAACUCCCUCUAAUCUAAAACACACACAAAUAUCCAGACACUAACUUGCUGCGCAUUCCUGAAGCUUGUCUUAAGGAAGCCUAUCUCUUGCUGAUUGGUCGAAAGUUGCAUGGAGUGGGACUUGCUCUGAGAGGCAGUGUAUUUAAUUGGCUGUUGACAGGUUCUCCCAUGGUGCUUUGCUACACCUUCCUCCCCUUCACCUGUUUUUCCCUUGGGGCUCGUUGAGUGUGUGUGUCUUUAAGUGGGUGCGUGUGUGUGUGUGUGUGUGUGUCUGUGUGACACACCCGUUGUUCAUAUCACCACUCUGUAAGUGCCGGUAGUCCAGGGAACUUUCACCUGCUUUGUGUGUGUGUGUGUGUGUGUGUGUGUGUGUGUGUGUGUGUGUGUGUGUGUGUGUGUGUGUGUGUGUGUGUGUGUGUGUGUGUGUGUGUGUGUGUGUGUGUGUGUGUGUGACGCUCAACUGAGUAGCAUUGAGCUAAGGGGAGAGAAUGACAUUGCCUAUUCAUUCUGCUUUCCGGAAUGUAAGAGUUCAUAUGUUUACAUUUAGGACAGCACGACUCUUAUGUAUGGGUGUAUGGUGACUUGGCAGAGUUAUAUAUUGUUGAGAGUUGGACUCUUGAAGUAUGUCUCGUUCGUUAGAGUAUAAUAUUAAGUGGAUUAUUGUGUACUGUCAUGUUACAGAUCUACAGUGUACAUCUUUCAUAAGGUGAGUGUGCUGACCGACCAGGUAGAAGCUCAGGGGGAGAAGAUCCGAGAUCUGGAGAGUGCUCUUGAGGAACACCAUCAAAAACUGGUCUCCACGGAGGAGAUGCUACAGCAGGAGCUGCUGAGUAGGACAUCUCUGGAGGGCGAGAAGCUGGAUCUAAUGGACGAGGUGUCCCAGCUCAAGCUGACCAUGGUGGGCAUGGAGGAGUCCCACGACACGCAUCAACACACCCGCCCCGAGUCCCCGGAGAGAAAGCAGAACAAAGCAGAGUGUGUGGUGAACCUCAUCAGUGAGCUCCAGGAGCAGAUGUGCAGGUUUCAGGAGGAGAUCAGCACCCGCAUCCAGGAGAAACAGGCCCUGGAGAGGCGGGAGGCCCAGCAGGGGGCCACGGGAGCUGGCCUAGCCCGGGCCGUGAGCCCCGAGGCGGGCUCGGCCGGCCCGGACCUCUGCCUGUCCAGCCCUGACCCGGGGAACCGCUGGGUCCACGGUGGACAGAGUGUACAUGACCUGGUACAGGAAGUGACGCAGCUGAGGAACAAGGUGGAAGAGCUGGAGGAUGAGAAGAGCAACUACGAGAGGAAACUCAGAGUCACCAAGGUAGCGAUAGGGGAACUACAGGAGAUGCUGUCCUCGAAAGACAACGAGAUCCACAGUCUGCACAACCGACUCAUGGCCAGAGAGAGCACAUUGAACAACAAUGGAGGGAAAGAGGAGGAGUACAUCAAGCAACUGCUUGAAAAGUACCAAGAAUUCCAGAAACUGAAGAGAGGCAUGGAGUCUUUGUUGGCUUCUAACGAUGAGAAGGAUCGACACAUCGAGGAGCUGACCACUCUGCUGGGACACUACAGGAAGGUGAAGGAGGUGGCAGCUCUCCCACAAGCCAGCAGUGAGGAAGAGCUGAGUAGCUCUCAUCAACCCAGAGCUCUGACUCACAAGGCCCACUCAGAGAUACUCCGGUCUGAGUUCUGUUCUCAGGGAUUCUCUCCUUUUCUCAUGUCCUCAGCCUCUUGCCAUAGAGAACUGGACUUUGGCUCCAGUAUGCAGAGCCCCUUCGAGACCUUCAAGGUGACCAUCAGCGACGCCAGUUACCUCAAUGGAUCAUGGAGCCAGAACCGAGUGCUGUCUAGCAGCCUGGAGGAGCUGCAGACUGGAUCUUCAAAGGCUGUAGAGUUCCUGCCACAUGAGCCUGUGUCCUCAGACGCAGUGGCCAAGAAUCGACACAUGGAUGAGAACCAAUACCGGACCCUGCCAGGGAAGCUGAGCAAGGCAGCAGGCCACAGGACUGGUCAUCUUAACGGAGAGCAGGAGAGAGACGAAGAACGCCCCCCCUCUCCCAAGCAGCUCUCCCACAUCAAGAGCCACAAGGACUACGGUCUCAUUCGCUGUCGGAGUGCCAGUGCUCCAGCUUUAGGAUUGGCUGGGAAACACAACCUCUAUGAUGUUGGCCGUCCAGAGAGCCUUCUGGAGGAGUCGUGCCUCUCCGACCAGUCGCCGCUGUCCUCCGGGGGGAACUCGGAGCAGCACUCCCCGGUCUCGCCCGAGAACAGGAAGAGUCACAGAGGCAUCCGCAAACUCUGGGGGAGGAUCCGGCGGAGCCAGUCUGGAAGUCCGGUGCAGCUAGACGAGGCCGAGCAGGCGGAGUUCAGGAGGGGGGGGUACAGAGCCACGGCCGGGCCGCGUCUGGCCCGGCCCGGGAACCGUCGGUUCAGCCACCCCAAGGCGCCCUUCCACAAGUGGACCAGCGAGCAGCUCGGUGAUUGGCUGGAGGACAUGGGCCUGGGACAGUACGGCGUCCUCUCUCGCAACUGGCUGCACAGCGGGCAGACGCUGGUGUUAGCCACGCCGCAGGAGCUAGAGAAGGAAAUGGGGCUUAAGAACCCCCUCCACAGGAAAAAGCUCCAGUUGGCCGUCAAGAUGCUGUGCAGCAAGCAGGUGGAAAAGUCUGCGGAGCUGGACCACAUCUGGGUCACACGUUGGCUGGAUGACAUCGGGCUCCCCCAGUACAAGGACCAGUUCAACGACGGCCGCGUGGACGGACACAUGCUGCAGUACCUCACCGUGAACGAUCUGUUGUUCCUCAAGGUAAACAGCCAGCUGCAUCACCUCAGCAUCAAGUGUGCCAUCCAUGUCCUUCGUGUGAACCAAUUCCACCCCAACUGCCUCAAACGCAGGCCCAGCAAUGAGAACCAGCCUACCCCCAGUGAGGUGGUGCAGUGGUCCAACCACCGGGUGAUGGAGUGGCUGCGCUCGGUGGACCUGGCGGAGUACGCCCCCAACCUCAGGGGCAGCGGCGUGCACGGGGGCCUCAUUAUCCUGGAGCCACGGUUCACCUCGGACACGCUGGCCCUGCUGCUGAACAUCCCCCCCCAGAAGACCCUCCUCCGACGCCACCUUGCCUCCAACUUUGGCAGCCUGGUGGGGGGGCAGGCGGAGCGGGAGAAGAGGGAGUACAUGGGGGCCGCCGGCUACACCCCCCUCAGCACCACCGCCAAAAUCAGGCCGAAGAAGCUGGUCUUCUCCAACCUGACCCACCUCAGGAGACGGCGUCCCGGCGACUCCACCGACUACAUCUGUCCCCUGGACUCCUCCCUGCCUGCCUCCAUGCCCCCGGCCUCCUCCAUGGCCUCCUCCAUGGCCCCCUCCAUGGCCCCCUCCGUCACCUCCUCCAUCGCCUCCUCCGUCUCCCAGCCCGCCGCCAACGGGUCCCCGGGGCCGUCCUACGCCGCCUUCCGGGGCCUCAGACCCAUCCUGGACCGGGAGCCCGGCCCCCACGCCGCCCAGCAGGUGGGGCCCGACGACAGUUGACCUGUGGCGUCGCCACGGUGACGGUCGCCACGUCACUCGCAGCGCCAUCGCAACCGAGCCCGCCAAUCCCUCUUCACAGUACUAAGACGGCGUCAUCACCACUGCCACCACUACUACCACCUUCUGCUUGCAAUCCCAUCAUACCGCCGUGACAAUUCCUCGCGCUCCACCUUGUUCCCGACCUACCCUUCCUACCGACCCUGUGCCUUGGGAUCUGCUCUAAUCUUUUCUAUUUCGAAGGGAAACCCCUUCCUUGACUGAUCAUGAAAGACACGGUUCCCUCCCGUGAUGGCUUUACUGUAAACCUUGCAUACCUCAAACAUAACAAAAGUCAUUCCUACCCGACCUGCUCCAGCCUGGACUGACCCCCCCCCCCCCCCACCAGCACGCCCCUCCACCCUGUCCUCCUCCAGUGCCAUGAGUGACCUGUGAACGACGUAGAUGUAGAGCGUCUCCAUAGACUCUAAUAAUCCCGUUCAUGUACGAUUUCAUUUUGGACAUCCAUUUCUGUAUGACCUAUGUGGGUUGGGCUGAUAGUUCUUGCCUAUCUCUGCACCCUUGCUAUAUCUAUUUUGUAAUUGUGUGUGUAAUUCAGCCACAGAGUUCAUUUUAAACAAAUGUAUUGUCCAACUAGUUCUGUAUUGUGGAACUAGGACACAGAGUUGAAGAAAUGAGCCGCGUGCAAUAUUUGCAUACUUUUUUAAGAGGGAUUUUAUUUAAUAUUUAUGUGAGCACAAAAUAAAUGAGAGGAACAGAUAUAUGACACAGUGUGUAAGCUGAAAACAUUUAUUUUGUACUUUGAUUUUCAUAUUUGAUUGUUAUAGUAUUUUUAUAGGUAAAAAAAUACUCCUUCAAUAAAAGAGGCUGUCCUGUGGUAAUGGUAGAUGUAAAUCAAUAAAUAUAUAUCCUACCCCUUUGACUUAAAUAUA